UAAUUGGUUCUCGCCUCAAUAUGCAAAAGUAAACGAGAUAUGUGAGAGCUAGGCAGUGUUCAGACGGCGCGCUACACUUUGAAGACAUCCAGCUUAAAUAACGUAAAUACCAAACGUAAGUUUAUAAAAAUAAAGGCAUGUGUGUGUCCAUAUGUAGGCAGCUCACUUGAGUCGUCGGUAAUUGGCCUAAUCAAGCUGUAAACUCACAGUUGCGCAUGCGAAGAUGAUUCUUCUGAGGAUAUUCUUGGCUAUAUCCUUUAUAACGUUACUUCUGUUUAUUUUUGUAACAUUUUACAAUGGAAACUGCACUAUAAAGGCACUCUCGCGACAAUAUGAUUCCUUAUGUGUGGAGGAAGGCAAUGUCGCAGAUUCUUUGCAGAGAGUUGAGGAGCCUGACCCAACCAACAGUUCAGUGACUGACUCAGGAGCAGCAAACACUACAAUGAGCCCUGACCCUCUUGGGACUCAAUUAACGCUUGUGGCCCCCAUGGACAAGCACAACUUUACUGCUCUGCCCCAGUGGAAAUUUGAUGAUAUAUAUCGGUUGGAUCCACAGUUUAAACCGAGUGAAUGCAUGGUGUCCUUGCGAAAUUCCUCUAAUCCUGUGUAUAAAGAGAAGUUUAUUCCAAACAUUCAGCUGUUUUUACAAAGUGAUCAUGUCAACAUGAGUGAGUGGAACCGGCUUUAUCACUUCAACAACCCCUUUGGCUAUAUGGGAUUCAAUCACACAGCCAUAAAAGCAGCUGUUGACACCAUACCUAAACUUGCAUCUACCCAGUUACUACAAGUACCCACAAGAGCGAAGGAUGGCUGUAUUCGCUGUGCUGUUGUUGGGACUUGUGGCAUUCUCAAUGGCUCCAGGCUAGGAAAGGAGAUUGACUCUUCUGAUUAUGUAUUCAGGGUGAAUGCAGCCAUUAUAGCAGGACACGAGGAGGAUGUUGGGAAAAGGACGUCCGUUUAUGUGCACACAGCACAUUCCUUAAUCCAGUCCCUCAUGUUACACAAAAAGAGAGGUUUCAAACAGAUUCCUACUGACAAGGACAUUAAAUAUGUUCUAAUCCCUGAGGGUCUAAGAGACUACAACUUUCUUGAGUCCCUUAUGAAGAAUAGAAAAAUACCAUCAGGAGCAUAUCGUGGACAAACGCCAAGGAAUUAUUACAGCGGGCAUUUUAAUGAAAGUUCUUGGAAUGUGAGAGUCUAUGGUUUUAGCACUGCUGACUAUCGGAAAUAUCCAAACUACUACUAUGACACCAAACACACUAAACUAGUGUUUUUUGCUAAUCAUGAUUAUCGUCUGGAGAUGAAAACCUGGAAGGAAUUUCAUGAUGACAAGUUUAUCUGGAUGUAUUUAGGAAAAUCUGAAUGA